AUGUCAGAUCCGCUUCCCUCUCCUUCCAAUAAACCUCACGAUCAUGGUCCUCAGACUGCAUUUGGUUUGAUUUUCGGUCCAGAUUAUGGCACACCAGUCGCAACGAGCUGUCAGCCGAAUGAGCAACAGUUCAUGGAGAAUGAUAUGCCCCAUGGAAGUAAUGGUAGCAUGCACCUGCUAGAUGAGAAAAACUUUUUCAGUCACCAGAAUGAGGAAUUUGUGGAUAAUGAUGUCCAUAAUGAAAGUAAUGGGGCUGGGCAUCUGAUGGAUGAGCAUAAUUUCUUUGGUCAGCAAAACGAGCAAAUUAUGGAGAGUGAUGCUCCUAACAAGAGUGAUGGUGGCAGGACCCCUAUAAAUGUGAACAAUUCUCUAAGGCUAGUUAUGCCAGGUGAAUCUGGUGAAGGUUUGCCAUAUGCUCCGAUUGAUUGGCCGAAUCCUGGUGAUAAUUGGAAAUGGAGAGUAGGAAGGAGGGUUAACUCCUCGGGGUACUACCAGGAUAGAUUCAUUUACGUUCCAAAAAGUCUUCAGGGUAAAAAGAAGCACAUGUUUGCUAGCAAGCCUGCACUUGAAAAUUAUAUUCGAUCUCAAUUCCCAAGUGCAGAUGUUAAUGCAUUUUUUGCAUCGUUUGCAUGGAAGAUACCGGCAAAAGAGCUGUCUCCAGCAGAAGUGAAAGCUGCCCCUCUUCCUCUUGAGAACCCUCCUGAGGAUGAAACUUUGAAAGUUCAAGAAGGGAAAGUAGAAAAUCCUCGUUAUGGUCGGAGGCAAAGGAAGCAGAUUUUACCCAAAUUAACAGGAGAAGCAGCUGAAGAAAAGAAACAAAAAACACCACGGUCCAGCCAGAGGAAAAGAAAACAGGAUGUAAAACAGGAUACACCUGCAUCAGCGUCCACAUCUAAGCGAAAAGCUACACGUUCUUCUAAACGAUCUGUGUCUCAUACUGCUAUUGGUGAAAUUGGAAUAAUUGAGCCUGAACCUGAAGUUAAUGUGAUUCCGGAGGGUUUUGAUAACUAUCUCAGUUCUUUAGAAGACAUUCUUACCCAACCUCUCUCUGAAACCCAAAUAUCAUACACUGCAGCCACUGAUACUCCUCCUACCGAAAGUGAUAUGGCUAAAGCUCGAACCAAGCUUUGUUCCCUUCUAGCCAUGGAUUUUCCCUCUUUGGUCUCUUCCAGAAACAUUUCCAAGCUUACAACUCUAGCCUCCAAACUAAGGAAGGAUCCCACCCUUAGUGCUGAACAACUUGUUAAGUUAAAAUUGAUUGAGGAAAUCCCAUCAUUCAGCGAGGUUUUUCUUGAGAGUAGGCAAGCCAUAGAGCAAGUUAACAAGUGCUUUGGCACCCUUGAGGCAAACAAGGAGAAGGUUAACUCUUUGAGGAAUGAAUAUAAUGAAUUGAAGGAAAAAGCAGACCAGCUCCAGUCACAGGUUGACUCCAGCUUACUGACCGUGCAGGAAAUUGACAAUCAAAUUUUUCAACUUCAGACCUGGCGAGCGGAGCUUACUCAUACAAUUGAGAAUAACAAGGCAGCAAAGGUUGAGGUGGCCUCUGCUCAAGGGAUGGUGGCGAAUUCAAUUCCAACUGUUGUGCGUGAUAUUCAGGUUGCCAACUCCCAAAUUCCAGAAUGGGAGCUAAGAAGAACAAAUGCAGAAAAGCGUGAAUCAGAAAUUCUGGAAAAAUUUGCCCCUCUUAAAGGGUUUUCCCUGGCAAAAGCUAGACAUAUUUGUAUAAGUCAAAGUUAUCUAAAGAUUUGCACCACCAGUAUCAGUAUCUAUUUAUUCCCUUUUCCUUUGCAGAGAAUUAUGGCCGAAGGUGAUCAAAAGGAACCAAUUAACGAGCAAGUAGUUGCAAACAUGUACACUGCUAUGCGUUCUGAACUAAACCAAAUUUACUCGAAAAUAACUGAACUUGAGAUGGAUGUGAGUGAGCAUUCAUUGGUUAUCAAUGCUAUCCAACCGCUGGACCCGUCCAGACGAUGCUACCGAAUGAUUGGAGGUGUGCUGGUUGAGAGGACUAUCAAAGAGGUCCUGCCUGCUGUCCAGCGCAAUAAAGAGGGAAUCGAGGAAGUAAUUGUAAGGCUUAAUGAAGCUGCUGAAAAGAAGAAAAAGGAAAUUGCUGAUUUUGAAGCUAAGUACAAGAUCAGGAUAAGAAAGUCUGACAAUGAGGUAAAAGAUGAUACUAACACGAAGGAGGCUUCUUCUCAAGGUGUUCUUGUUGGUCCUGCAGGUUCAAGUGAAUGA